GAAGCGAGCAGUUUGCCACUACGCUUCGGGUGUUCAGUGGCUCCAUAGUUUGGGGCAUUAUCAAAAGAGAUAACUCCAAGCUCCCCUCCCUCCCCCGCCGUGCUCACUCACUCGCUUGCUCGCCCAUCCCAUCCGCGGAUCCUCACUCCCGACAGAGAAAACGUACCCCUUGUGGAGUUUACUUAGCAACAAGCAAAGCUCACCCGCUCACACAGUACACCUGUCCCCGGCAUCGCCACUGGGAGAAUGACCGAGCUGAUGAUGAGCCAAUCCGCCAUGGAAGACCUGAGCUUCAAGACCCGCGAUGCGCGCCUCCCGUUCCAGAUCUUCCCGGACCCGUACGACACGUACGACGGUUACUGCCUAAGCACCAAGGGCCGCCUGCCCUCCAUCGUGGUGGAGCCCAUCGACGGCGGCGAGGUGGAGAGCGGCGAGCUGCGCUGGCCGCCCGAGGGCAUGCUGCUGUCCGAGGAGGAGUAUGAGGAGGAGGAGGAAGAGGAGGAAGAGGAGGAGGACGCUUUCCCCUCGGCCAGGGACGACCUCGCCAGGGACAGGGAGGAGGACGCGGCCGCCGUGGCGGCCAGGGCGCACUGGGAUCGCGUGGAAGGGGUCAUCGCGUCGGUGGACAAAGAGCGGGAGUCGCCCCCCAACAGCGGCGGGCCGUCCACGCCGGUGGAGAAGUAACGCCGCUCGCGCCGGACGACAGCGGCGGCGCAGCAGGAUGUGCCGGCGGCGGUGGCAGUCGGCGGCAGUCGACUUGGAUCCAGAGUUUUCGUUUUCGACCGUCCGUCCGUUCGCCUCCCGUCGCCGGCACGGGGUGGAAGAGGGCGGGGGGGAAGGGGGGCAGGGGAGGCGGGGGCGCUGCUGCCCACCUCUGCUCUGUGCCACGUCUCACCAGCGUUUUAUUUUUCCCCGAGCGAGUCGCCCGCUCACUCGGGCCCGUGGAUUGGCAGCCGUGCGCGAACGGGAGAGAGAUGGCCCGGUGGACUUGACUCGAGGGAGCGGCGCGUUGUUGCAUCGCCGCGUUGCGCUGUUGUUGCGCGCGCGAGCCACGGCCUCUCGUUGUCGUCGUGAGCGGAACUUUGUUCUGUGAGAGAAACGAAGAAGAGGGCGGCGCUUCCAAGCAUCGUCGUAGCGAUGGCGGCGGCGCGACGGGCGCUGCUCACGCUCGUCCGCCACGCGACCGCGUGGCCGCGCGUUCUCUCCGGGUGUUGUUUUUUUCUCUUCGUCGCGUUCGCGGAUAAACGAUCCUUUUAUUCUUAGGAGACCAAAAUGAGCGAGGCUUUGGUGGCGGUCAGGCUCGGCGGUGUAGAGGCCUGUUUGCGUUUUCGAGGGUGUGGUAUUCUAGACCAAGCUAAAAACAAGCAAUUUAGAAUUAGGCGAUUUUUAGAUUUAGUUAAAAAACAGCUAUAAUUUACAGUUGUCCUCUCGAAGUUUUGCAGAAAAAUUACAUUUCGUCUAAAGAGUAAACUUGUUCAAGGUAUGUACAACACCCCCCCCCCCCUCCCGCACUCCACGCCGGUGAUAAGUUUACUGACGUAGCGUGCAAGUCUUCUCGUUCGGUCGGACAACAACCCUAACCCGAGCACCCGUAGAGCAGCAACAACUCCUGUAGGUCGUCCACAGAAGACGUACACAGUAUUUAUUGAAUCUUCCCCAGGGGAGGGGAGGGGGGGGGUGUCUAACCCCCUUUCUCAUUGUCGUGUGUUGGAUCAUUGUGCACAUCGACCACCGGAGAUCGUCUGCGAUAGCGUGGACCCGAUUUCUAACCGCCGAGGGUUUGAGUUUGUUGUUUUUGGAAGUGGUUGUACAAAAAGUAGAAACAAAAUAACCCUAACGUUGUGUAUGCACAUUACACGCUAAUCUUGUCUUUUUUUAUUUUAUUAAAGAAGCACAACCAGCCUUAAAUAAAAAAAAAGCAAUAUUGUAUAGUUCUGUAAAGGCUGAUGUUUGAACUGUAAUGAACUAAGUUAACACGGAGUGGCAAGGGAUGUUACGGUGCAGUGCGAUGGUGAAUUGGACUGCUCUGUCCGUUCUUUUUUUCCUUCCUGUUGGGGGAUGUUUAUUUUCUCUUUAUACUGUAAACGAAGUUGUGUCUUUUACCGAUGCAAUAUUUUUCGAUAUGCGUCUCUCCCCGUGUUUGUUGUUGUUUGUUUGUUGUUGUUGUUGUGGUGUUCCCCUGGAGGGGGGUGGGGUGGAGAAGUGUAAGUUUGUUGUUGUUGUUUUGGAAUAAAUUAAUAACCCAUCGA